AUGUGGUACAAUCGCAUUAGCGAGUAUUUGCUAAAGGAACGGUACAAAAAUGACUCUAUUUGCCCCUAUAUUUUUAUUAAGAGGUCUGGAUCUGAAUUUGUCAUCAUAGUUGUGUAUGUUGAUGACUUGAAUAUCAUUGGCACUUGUAAAGAGCUUUCAAAGGUUGUAGAGUGUUUGAAGAAAGAAUUUGAAAUGAAAGAUCUUGGUAAGACAAAAUUUUGUCUUAGCCUACAAAUUGAGCAUGUAACAAAUGGAAUUUUUGUCCAUCAACCAACAUAUAUUGAAAAGAUUUUAAAGCAAUUUUAUAUGGAUAGCACAUCCAUUGAGUAUCCGAUGGUUGUGAGAUCACUUGACCUAAAUAAAGAUCCAUUUCGACCUCAAGUAAAUGAUAAAGAGCUCGUUGAUGAUGAAACUCCAUAUCUUAAUGCAAUUGGGCACUGA